AUGUUGAUUCGGAUUUUUUUGGCCAUUGGCGUAAUGGUCCAAGCGGUGGCCACGGGACGCGAAUGCGUCUGGGUCCUUGGAAAAGUCGAAUGCCAAGCUGAUCCUGCCAAGAAUCUCAACGUUGAGGUUCUUUUCAGAGUUCCUAUUAUCUAGUUUGAGUUUUCCGUUUAGAUCCGCGUUUGGGACCGGGAUUCUUUUGGUCCUUUGAAGCUUAUCGAUCCUGAUGAUUUGAUGGGGUUAGGAGCUGAUUUGAGCCUUAUUUGAAGAAAGUUCGAACUUCAGUGUGACUUUUACAAAUGAUGAUGGACGUUUCCAAUUGGACGGUUGUGGCGAUGACUUCGACUGGAUCCCUGGAGUCAAAAACGCACCGGAACCCUACAUUGAAGUUCGUUCGCGUGCUGUGUUCAAUUAAAAAAUAAAAAAUUUAUUUACAAUUUGUUUUAGAGUAACUAUUGAGCAUCUUUUUCGGCACUUCUGAAGCUAGUUUCUGAGAUCUAAAAAUCAGUUUCCAGAUCCGGCACUACUGCAACAACCCGAAAGGCGAGACGAUCACGCUCCCCGAGUUCAACGAGUUCGUUCCAAACACUCACGACGUCGGCACCCUCGUCCUGGAUCGUCAGACCGACGGCCGACGCGUCAUGAAGUCAUCCCGAGGCGAAUAG